AUGUUUAAAUUUAUACAUGAUAUAGACUUAACAAAGAAAAAAAUACUUAAUCAAUUAAAUAACAAAUUAAUAAUUAAUAACGAAAAAAAUGAUUUGAUAUUUUUCGAACAAAACAAACACAUAAAUUCCAACACAGAUUCAAACAAUGUCUUAUUGGAUAAAAAUAUAAUUAAAAAUGCAACUCCCCAAAACGAAUUAAAUAUUUUGCAAAUGAGUAGCAAACAUAUUAAGGGCACAGAAAUGAAUUCCGUAAAUAAUAUAGUAAAAAAAGGGAGCAAUAUCAACAAUAGUGACAAUAUCAACAAUAGUGACAAUAUCAACAAUAGUGACAAUAUCAACAAUAAUGAAAAGCGUGGGCAAGUAAAAGAUGGGGCAUAUCUAGUGGGAAAUGAAAAAGAGGGACUUAAUAAAGAGGGUGGAAAAUUCAAUAAAAUAAACCAAAAUAAAAUAGGAAAAAAUAAAGAAUCUAAUUUAAAUGACAAAAAUUGUGUAACAAACCAAUCAAAUAGUAGUGUUAUAAAAACAGGAGAUAAGAAUGAUAAAAUAGAAAAUAAUAAUUUUUUUGAUAAUUCAAAACUAAAAGAUUUAAUACAAGAUGUUAUGGAAAAUAUAAAUAAAAAUAAUUUUUGUGAUAAAAAUGAAGGCGUUGAAAGAAGUGAUGAUACAAUGGGAAAUCAUUGUAAUUGCGAAAAUAUUGAAAAUAAAUUCAAACAAAUUAAAUAUUAUAACAAAAAAGAGAUACAAUAUAUUGUUGAGCAAUGUGUAAAUGUAACCAUAGAUAGACUAGUAGAUUAUAAAGAAUAUAUAAUUGAUAUUUGUCAUUUAAAUAAUAUAAAUAAAAAAUAUAUUGAUGAAAUAAAUGAAUUAAAAAAAAAUGAAAAAAUACUAAAUGAUAUAAAUGAAAGACAAACAAAACAAUUAAUUCAAAUUUCGGGGCAAAUCAAUAAUAUAAAAAAUUUUGAAGAAAAUUUUGAAGAAAAUUUUGAAUAUAGAAAAGAAUCUAAUACAAAUUAUUUAAAAGAUAACUUAAAAAUUUUGGAAGCAGAAAAUAAAAUUUUAAAAGAUGAAAAAGGAAAAUUACAAAAUUUUCUUUGUGAUAAACUAUUACAUAUAAAAACUAAUUUUGAAUUAAAAUGCUAUAUUAAACAACUAGAAUAUAUAAUAAAUACAAAAUCAGAGAUGUAUAAAAAAUUAAAAACAGAAAAAAAAAUUGUAGACGAAAAAAUAAAUAAAUAUUAUGAAUAUAUACAACUAAUAUCUGAGGAUUUGUAUAUACACAAAAAUAUUUUAUACAACAUUAAGGAAAAUGAAAAAAAUGAAAAAAAAAAAAUUAUAAAAUUUAUUAACGAAAAUAAUCACAGAAUACGUUCAUUUUGGGUUGGUAACGAAAAUCCACAUACCAAAAUGAAGGACAAAAUUAAAAAAAAAAAAAUUAUGUAUAGCCAUUGUCCAUUGUAUUGCAAUUGGAAUGACAAUACUAAUUGCAAUGAUAAAAAUAAAAAUAUAAACGAUAUGGGAGUUAGAAAUAAAAUUGAAACUAACCAUAAUGCUUCUAAAAUAAAAAAAAUUAAGACAUUUAUGGAUGGUAGGAAAUGUCAAAGUGAUUUCGAUUACCUCAAUUAUUGUGAAAAAAAUAAAUCCGGAAAAAACAACUCGGAAAUAAAAUGGCGCAAACCGCUAAAAGUAAAUGAAAUAGUAUAUGGACUCAAAAAAAUAAACAAUUUAAACUUUAACAAAAUGAGCAAAGAAAAAUUAAUAGAAAUUUUAAAUGAAUACAAACUUAUUUUGAAUGAAUAUCAAUCGAGCGAAAAAAGAAAAAAAGAUUUGGAUAAAAAUGAUAAAUUAAAGGAACUAAAAAAAUUAUUAUUAGAUGAAAUAGAAAAAAAUAAAAUAAUUCAUAAAAAAUAUCAAAAUGUUUUAAAAAAAAUAACAAAUAUCAAUAAAGAAAAUAAGUUGGUAUUUGAUGAUAAAAAGACUUCUAAAUGCAAAACAUUUGAAUAUAAAACAUCAAUAAAAAUACAGGAGCUUUUAAAUGAAAUUAUUUUUCUUACAAAAGAAAUUGAAAAACUUAAAGAUGAUCAAAAUGUAUUAAAACAAGAGAUAAAUACAAAAACUGAAAUAAUUUCACAUCUGAUAAAAAGGAAUGCCUUGGACGGCCAAAGGCACUUUAGAAUUGAUAAUAAUUUCGUUUUAUUUAAAAAUAAACUAACAUAUGAUGAUAUGCGAAAGGUUAUGGAAGAAACUUUAAUUGACAAUAUUCGAUUACGAACUGAUUUAAUAACUUUAGGGAAUAUAUGCAACGAUAAAGAAUUUUUAAUUUGA